CUUUCUAUGACUCUGGAUUAGUUGAAUUUUUAUUCUUUAUUUGCACGUAUUUCUUGGUCGUUCGUUAGAAUACUCACUCAGAUACCGACUCGCUACUUCACACAACGCGGCCAUUUCAAAAUAUAAUUUUGCUCGUCGAUCUCGUUGCGGUAUUUGACAUCGAACAUCAAAUCUUUUGAAUCUCAUUUUCGAUAUAAUAUGGUCUACUUUUCCGCGGGCAGGGCGGCCGCCGUGCUGCUUCUGGCGCGAAAUGCGGUGGCGGCUCUCGAGCCCAUUGUCGCCAAGGGGCAAUACUUUUUCUACUCAUCCAACGGCACCCAAUUUUUCAUGAGGGGAGUGGCAUAUCAGCAGGGAGUUGGACUUGGCGGUGGAGCUCAAGACGGUACGACGACUUUCACAGAUCCGCUGGCGGACACGGCCAGCUGCCAGCGUGACAUUCCGUUGUUGCAGCAGCUGGGCACCAACACGAUCCGAGUGUAUGCCGUCGACCCCAAGGCCGACCAUACGGCUUGCAUGACGGCGCUCGAUGCAGCGGGCAUCUAUGUGGUGGCCGACCUGAGCGAGCCGGGCCUGUCCAUCGAUCGCGAUAGCCCGACCUGGAAUACCGAUUUGUAUGCGCGCUACACGAGUGUUAUCGACAGUCUGGCCAAAUUUCCGAAUACUAUCGGCUUCUUCGCCGGCAACGAGGUGACUAACAACAAGACCAACAGUGCCGCCUCAGCAUUUGUUAAGGCUGCCGUGCGUGAUAGCAAGGCCUACAUCACCUCGCAGAACUUUGGCCGCUGGCUGGGCGUGGGAUAUGCCACCAAUGAUGAUGCCGAGACGCGCGACAACUUGGCCGACUAUUUUAACUGUGGCAACCAGACUGACGGUGUAGAUUUCUGGGGUUACAAUAUCUAUGAGUGGUGUGGUGAGAAUACGUUCGCCUCGAGCGGAUAUCAGGAGCGCACCCAAGCAUUUCAGAACUACUCGGUCCCGGCCUUCUUUUCCGAGUACGGAUGCAACAAUCCCGGUGGCGGUGCGGGCCGCAUCUUCCAGGAGACGGGUGCGCUCUACAGCAAGCAGAUGAACACUGUCUGGAGUGGUGGCAUUGUAUACGAGUAUUUCCAGGAACAAAACGACUUUGGCCUCGUCGACAUCACUGGAACUAAAGCUACCCCAAGAAAAGAAUUUGCGGCGCUGUCGUCCCAGAUCGCAAUAUCUGGCUACCCGACGGGUAUCCAAAUGGAUUCCUACACGCCCACCAACACGGCCCGCGAGUGCCCCCCGGUCCAGGAAGCCUGGUCUGCGGCGUCGGCCCUGCCCCCGACCCCGAAUACGGCCAGCUGCGAGACCAUGUUCAACACGCUCUCGUGCGUGCCGUCUGAUACCGUCACCGCCAAGGACAUGGGUGCCCUCUUCGGCACCGUCUGUGGCAUGGAUCCAAUGGCUUGUACGGGCAUAGCCGCUGAUACUACCACCGGUACAUACGGCGACUUCGCUAUGUGUGCCCCGGGUCAACAGCUGGCACUUGUCAUGAACCAGUACUAUGUCAACCAGGGCUCCGCCGCGUCUGCCUGCGACUUCAACGGCCAGGCCAAACUCGUCACCCCAAGUAAUGCCGUGGUCCAAGGCGGCUCUACUGGCUCUACUGGCGCUACUGGCGCUACUGGCUCUUCUGGCACUACUGGCUCUUCUGGCUCUACUGGCUCUACGGGCUCUACGGGCUCUACUAACUCCACAGGCUCUACUGGCGCUACGGGCUCUACGGGCUCUACUGGCGCUACUGGCUCUACUAACUCCACUGGCACCACCGGCAGUGACAGCACCACCAAUGCCGAUAGCAACAUCGGUGGCUCUGAUUCCGGCAGCAAUACCGAAGGUGCCACCAGCGAUAGCCCCAGCACUACCAUUGGCGACAAUACCAAUAGUGCUGUGUCGUCGGUAGUACAAAGCAAUGCACAGGGCCAUUACGUGCCAGCCUCUUGUCUCGUGGCGUCCGUACUUGCUGCGAUGACAUUGUUCUAAUAGCUCAACAAGGGGGGGUCACAAGCUACAGCCUUAAUGGUUCACUAGAUUGGAUAACAAAGCAUGCGAGG